UAGUUGCAUAUCACAAGAGUUGGUGUUUUCUUUCUUUCUAUCGAUAGGCAUACACUGAAUUGGAGACGAUGACUACCUCUGCAUUGCUCGCAUUGACUUUUCUUUCAAAAGCCAAAGCUUUUGACUCUUAGCAACCCUGGCGCUACAAGUUGUGCAAAUUCGUUUUUGGAAUUUGAGGUUGUCAAAUUUGGGGGGAUCGAGAUGCAUUCAGAAGGUGGGGUUACACCGAAGAUGGGAUUGGAAGCUGUACCUUCGAAUUCAAAGAUGAUAUGUAGGGAAAACCUUAGCAGCAAAAAUAUGAAUUUUAGAGCCGAUAAAAUUGAUCUGAUGAAUUUGGAUGUCAUGCUAGAAAAACACGUCAACAGGAUUUUUUCCAAAAGCAUUGAGGCAAAAAGGCAUAAAGAGUCAUGGGAGAUUGAUUUGACCAAAUUGGAUUUACAAUAUUGUGUAGCUAAUGGGGCCUAUGGCACUGUCUACAGGGGUACUUAUGACAAUCAAGAUGUUGCAGUGAAAGUCUUGGACUGGGGUGAGGAUGGUGUUGCCACUGCUGUUGAAAUUGCUGCUUUACGAGCAUCAUUUUGGCAGGAGGUUACUGUAUGGCAAAAACUUGAUCAUCCAAAUGUCACAAAAUUCAUUGGGGCUUCAAUGGGCACUUCAAAUCUUAAGAUUCCCUUACCAAGCUGUGGUCAAAAUUCUGUUCCUUCCAAGGCAUGUUGUGUUAUUGCUGAGUUUCUUCCUGGUGGAACAUUGAAACAAUACUUGUUUAAAAAUAGGCAGAACAAACUUCCAUAUAAUGUUGUGAUUCAGCUGGCUUUGGACCUCUCUAGAGGUCUUAGUUAUCUACAUUCAAAGAAAAUUGUUCAUCGCGAUGUAAAAACUGACAAUAUGCUGUUAGAUGCCAAACAAAAUUUGAAAAUAGCUGAUUUUGGAGUUGCUCGUGUAGAAGCUAUAAAUCAAAGUGAGAUGACAGGUGAAACUGGAACCUAUGGAUAUAUGGCACCGGAGGUUUUAAAUGGCAAGCCUUACAACAGAAAAUGUGAUGUCUAUAGCUUUGGCAUUUGCUUGUGGGAAAUUUAUUACUGUAAUAGGCCUUAUUCAAAGCUAAGCCUUGCUGCUGUGUCACGUGCAGUUAUUAAUCAGCAUUUACGACCAGAGAUUCGAAGAAGUUGUCCAAGUGCCUUAUCAAACAUCAUGCGAAAAUGCUGGGAUGCUAAACCAGAGAAGCGUCCAGAAAUGCAUGAGGUGGUGGAAAUGUUAGAAGCAAUUGAUACAAGCAAAGGAGGUGAAAUAAUAUGCAAAGAUAAAAAUCCAUUUUGUUUGUGUUUUGUACCUUCUCGUCGUCCCUAACCUUCACAUUCAGAUGCUUGAUGAUUAUGUGUACACCAGGGAGGUCAUAGCCUAUGGAAAUCUAUAGAAAUAAGUUGUAAGUACCCCUUCCAAUUCGUAAUUUCUUAAUUGCUUAACUUUUUUCUCUUAUAGAUGAAUAGGAUGAUGGUGGAAAAAAUUAAAUUGUUUUCUUUUUCUUUAUAUAUUUUCAAUGUUUUACUGGA